AUGGUCACUGAUCAACUCCGUCGCAGUCUUUUCAACCUAGUCGACAAAGUAAUCAUGCCGAAGGCUACCCCGCCUUCAGUGCCCUUCGUUGUCGACCAAAACUUGAUCAUAUCAAGUUCAUCAUACAAUGUUCCAGACAUCCAGGUUGCCCAGUCUUCUGAGCCAUGGCUGGCAGGACUACCCCACCUUCGGAGAACUUCGCUCGUCAUCAACUCCCCUCCCAUCAUGAACUUCUGGCGGAUAUAUACUGCCAGUUUGCCAUACGGAAAUCUCUCAGAUGGAACCCAAGAUUUCCGCUGGCUCCGUUUCGAAUUGGACGGCAUCAAGGUAAAUCCUGAUAACGUUCCCCGGCCUGUAACAAAGUGGGCCCAGAUGGGCCUGCUUCAAGCGACUGUGGAUGUCUUUACGCAAGUACUGUAUGAAAAGCCUACUGCGAUUCAGUCACAGGCCAUAUGGGUUAGGACAAAGCCAGAAAAACUGCAAACGCCGCCAACUCGCGGUACGAAACUGCCGUUAACGGCGCAAACAGGUCCUUGGGACUGGAUGGUGCCACACCGAGAGCUACGCCAGCAAGGAAAGAGAUUGCAGCACCUUAGAGCGGAUCCGCUUCGUCACGAACGUCCAAGCUCACAAGAUCAUGGAAGGAUCUCUUCGUCCAGCCCAUCAAAGGCGCACCCGGUAUCCACGAAAACCGUCCCAUCGUUUGCUUCGGCCAAAGACAUGGGCUUCGGCCAAAGAAGUGGCUUCGGCCAAGCGUCGGCUUCGGCUGACCUAAGUAUGGACGUGGGCUUCGGCCCAGUGUCAGCUCCGGCUGACCAGAGUACGGAUGUGGGCUUCGGCCCAGUGUCGAACAUCGACAUUCUACGGGACAAGCGCCGCCUCAGCUACCUCCAAUUCCUCGAUCAUUUCGACAUCUUUACCCCUCCAGAGCGUCAGAAGAAGCUCAAGUCAGAAGAUUAG